AUGAGUAGCUCAAAGAUUUCAUCGGGUGACCUUCGUCGCCCAGAUGAAAACUCGCCCGACGAAUGCGAGCGAACAGAAGGCCGACACGUGGUAGUAACGGCUUAUGUCCUUGCCUUCCCUCCUUGUCGGUUGAUGUGAUUGAGAAGAUGGCUGAGCCCAUCCCAUCAGACGAUCAUCAUAACCCACUAGAGGAACCUCGAGAUGGCCAAAUGAGCUGGGCCAUAAAUGAGCUGAAUGGUUGAACCACAGACGUUCGUGAUUCGACAUCAGCUGGCAUCUUUCGAGGCCCGAAUCAAAGGGGACAACAGGUGACGCCGUCUACUCUACCUCUGGGAAUGAGGCGACGGCGGGCGAAGAGGCCCCCUCUGAUCCAACCAUUGAUCAUAUGAUCAAUGAUCAGAAUCAACCGGCUAUAAAGGGCUUAGCAGACGCUAUCACCUUUACCUCGGUUACUAUGCCCGAGGCACCGCCCUCGGACAGUGACGGGCACAACGGCCAAAUUGAUCCAACCAUUGAUCUUGAGAUCAACGGAGGGGAUCACGUGGCCGUAAAGGCGCCACAACCUUUUGCGGUCGCCGAUGCCUCGAUUGUGACGCUAAUGACGUCAUCAACGUUAGACACCGCGGACAUUGGCAUCACGCGGAACCCUGCACCAUCACGUGCCAAGCCUAGCUCAGCUGGCACCGUACAGGCGUGGCCUGUGCGAGCCUCCGACAAGGUGGCUAGGGCUGAGCCGGCCCAAGUAGCGCCAUCUGAGGCCGCUCUGGCCCAAGCCAUGCUAGCCCAGGCCAGACAGACCGAGAGUGAGCAGACCCUAGUCAAGCUGGCCUAG